CAACUUUCAGUUUUUCAACAAGCGUCCUUCGGUGAAUGACCUUAUGUAGCACGUAGAUAAUUUAAAUGCCGUAUCUUUCAUAGUCAAAAUUUUAAAUCUAGUUUUAAAUUCGUUUCGUGGUAAUUAUUCAGUACGAUGAGUAAAGGAGUGAAAGCUGCUGCAGCGCCUGGCGCACCUGCCGGUGGCGGGGGAUCGGGAAAUACUCCGGAUGUAGUCAUCGCCAAAUUAUUAGAUAGGAAGAACUUCUCUUUUUAUAAAGAUCUGCAGAAUAUCGAAUGCAAAGCUCCGACGAAUUUCGACGCGAAAUGCGUUUUAAAAGCUAACGAAAUAAUUUGGUUAUGCGAAAAAGUCAGAGAAAUCGUAUCGAAUGAACCCACUCUGGCAGAAUUACCCGCUCCUGUAAUGAUAGUCGGCGAUAUACACGGUCAGUUUAGAGAUUUGCUUCUCGUAUUAGACUGCAUUAAAACGCCUCCUACGAUGAACUUUCUGUUUCUGGGCGAUUACGUUGACAGAGGCGAAUACUCGUUGGAAUGCAUAAGCCUCAUAUUAGCCUACAAAAUUAAAUACCCGAAACAAGUAAUUAUGCUGAGGGGUAAUCACGAAUGUGCCAGCUCGACCAGGGCUUACGGAUUCUACGCCGAAUGCCAAGUUCGGUUCAAAGGAGCGGAUUUAUGGCAAUAUUUCAUGAAACUUUUCAACAUGUUGCCGGUGGCUGCGACCGUAGCCGAUCAAAAAAUCCUUUGCAUGCACGGCGGAAUAAGUCCAGAUUUACACACCUUCGAGGAUAUUACAAAAAUCAAACGACCCUCCGAUAUUCCCCCGAAAGGUUUACUCACCGAUUUACUGUGGGCUGAUCCCGAUAAAGACGAAGACGGCUGGAAUCCGAAUAUCGACAGAGGAAUUUCAUUCACUUUCGGCGCUGAUGUUGUUACAAAAUUCACAAAAAAACAUAAUUUAGCAUGCAUCGUUCGAGCUCACCAGGUGGUUAAAAACGGAUUCGAAUUUUUCGCUAAAAGAAAAUUAUGUACGUUAUUCACUGCUCCGAAUUAUUGCGGGGUAUUUAAAAACGAUGGAGCAUGUAUGAAAGUCGAACCGCCUCUAAAUGUCACGAUAAUUCGAUUAUUUUUCAAGCAUAAAGAAAACCCCGAUACAAAAAAACGUUGCGAAAGUCUACCGGUGAAAGUGAGCACGGAAGCCGCGUAAAUUUCGCGUCAUUUCAAACGUUCGUUUCGAAAAUUCUCCUUAAUCGGCAUCGAGGUGUAAGUUUUUGUGAGUUGCUGUUCGUAUUUUUUUAAAAAAAAUUCAACUUUUGUACUUUGGUUUUAAAUUUUGUAUUUUAAAAUAUAUAAAAAUGUGCA